UUUUUCUACAGUAAACUAUGAUGCUCCUAAAAAGUUGCCUUUUGGUUGUACUUGCCGCCAAAUGUUUUGCCGGGCAAAUGUCUCCAGGAGAUCUGGAAGAAUUUGAUAAAAAUGUGCGAGUGAAUUUAGCGGUAAAAGUCGCGAAAAGUUUUGAAACUCUAACUCAACAAAUAUCAAAACUGAAUGGCGACUGUAUGUCUAAAAUUAACAGCACCAUUGACCAGUGCAGUUCUUGUCCUAGAAAAAGGAAGCAGUAUACGGGAAUUCUCAACUUGGAAUCAGUUUUUAGUGUUCCGGUUUCUGAGGGCACAAAAUUGGCAAAGACGAUAGCAGGGUCACUCUCUAAAGAUAGCGUGCAACAAUUUCUGGGAAGCAACUUAAGAACUGUGCUGAAAACUCUAAAGAACACGUUUACUUCCAUCAUCAAAAAUAAGGAUAUAAGCGAAAUCCCAAUGUUAUUAAAUAACUUUCAGCAAAAUUUUGCAAGUCUAAGGGAUUCUGUUUUAAACCUUCCAUCAACCUUUAAUGAUUUGAUCGGAAAUAUCGGCAGUGGACUUAGGAAGCUAAAAUUUUGGAGGAAAAAGCGAUCAGUGGCAGCCUGCUCCGCCUGCGACCUGUUGGACUCAGAUGAUGCCAAUGUUGUUAUAGCUAAUGUAUGUGGUGCUGAUGCAGCUAGUGGUUUGAAGAAUCUUACAACGAGUAUACAAAAUCUAGAACUGUUGUAUGAAGACGCCAUUAAUGGCACUAUACUCACAGAGGUACUUACCGGCGCGCCUCAGAUGACGAUGUCACCGUCCUUAUCGGUCUCGGCUGAACUUGACCACAUCAUAUACAGCAUUGGAACAACGACAAAAACACUGGCCGGGGAGCCCGGAGAGAAAAUAAUCUUCACUGAUAAACCAGCAUCGUACGCUAUGCUGGCAGAUAAAAUUUACAAUGAUUUUGUGUGAAAAGACAUAAUAUGAAGAAAUCUAUAUACGAGU